AUAGCUUUUUGUAGCUAGAGUCUCUAUUCUGUUCAGGGUGUUGAACAGGAAGGACGUGGUUGUACUCAUACCCAUUUAUAUAGUGGAUUUUUGAGUGGACCAUGGUCCCGUUGGUUUUUCCUUCUCACAUCGAGGAGGUUUUCCAACGUUAAAAGUGCUUGUCUCAUUUAGUUUCUGCUUAUACUAUAUACUGCCAUGUCAAAGUAUUUUCCUCACAGGUUCACACAAGGUCAGGGAACAUGAUCGGCCAUUACAUUCUGCUGCGCCUCGUUCCCCCCUUUUCCCCAACAAGUCUUUCCCUCAAGGGCGGCAAUGAACAAAGGAAGCUGGCUGUCUACAUGGUUCUCAACACCUGCAGCCUAUCAGUUCAAAUUGAGACUGCCAUUCUGGAUUAUGUAAAUAGUGGAAGUCAUAUGUUUGAUAAAAACAUGUUUCAAUGUUCAGUCUCACCAGAAGAUGCCCAGCCUCAAGAGCUCUAAUAUUAGUUAUUUUUGUCAUCUCCCCCAUUGAAUCCCAAAGAAAACAACUUCAUCAGUUUUAUCUGCCACACUAAGCUCUACAUAGUACCUAAGAGACAUAAAUUGAUCCACAUAAAUUGAUCCAUAUAAGUUAUCAUUACAAUCUUAUGGUUUCUAUCUUAUAUCUCUCCAUAUGCCAGUAGUGUCUACUUAUAGCAGUGCUAUUAGCUAUGGCUUCUAGGUGCAUGCUUCCUCGUCCCUAUUGCCUUAUUAGCCGUUUGCUUUGAUGUGGUCCCAAAAGCAAGCUUAACUUGAGUGAUUAGUUUACUCCGAAUAUUGUUAAGUAUUGGUGUUCUCUAGCUGGUAAAUUCGAAAUCAGACUUUCACAUCAUGUUAACAAAAUUUCAGACCAAAUCCAGAUGAUAGAUAAGCAUAUGACCAUAUCUGCAGAGCGUGCUUGUGUAUAAUAUAUCCCUGAACUGGUGGCUUCUUCCAAUCAAGAAUAUGUAUAAAAAACCUCGAUAUGGUGUUAACAGAAAUGUGGAAGAACACUUGAAAAAAGACUCUUAAAAGAGAAUAAGAGAACUUUACUAGAGAAAAUCUAACCUCACUUUUGUAAUUGCGGAACCCAUUUUAACUUCUUAUUUUUCAGUUUAGGGUAGUUUUUUAUAGUCAGCAACAAGACUGUGACUUACGGAAGAAGAAAAGGGAAACUUUGCUAUUCAUAAGGAGUUCUUCUUGAUUCCCGUAAGAGAAACACCUUGAAGUUGACCGAGAAACCAAAAUAAUUGGCUAAAUUAAUAAAAUCACAUGACAAUAAAUAGGCAAGACAAGAAAAUUAACAGAAAAACAUCCAUGGGCGGGAAAAAAGCAACAACCCACACCUCUUCCACGUGGUCUUGUCCAGUGGAUCUCAGUGUCUACAGCAUUAAAUACGAGUAGCUGGAAAAAGCUUAAGCUUGGUUUGAAUGGCAGAAAAGUCAAUUAACAUCUACGUAACCAAUUAAUACUCAAAAACAGCUAAAUAAUGCUUAAUAAUAGUAUUAACAAUAAUGAGAAUGUGCUUUUAAAUAUGUUCCCAAAGAGGUGCGUUUUUUUCUUUGACCAAUUUUUCUCUUCUCUCAAGAAAUCAGCUGUUAUUAACCCUCAAGAAUGAGACAAAACGAGGAAAACUCCGAGGAAGAGUUCGUAGAGAUUGAUCCCACUGGUCGUUAUGGACGAUAUAAUGAAGUUCUAGGCAAAGGAGCUUUCAAACACGUAUACAGAGCAUUUGAUCAACUGGAAGGAAUCGAAGUGGCUUGGAACCAAGUUAAGCUAGACGAUAAACUCUGUAGCUCAGAGGAUUUAGAUCGUCUUUACUCUGAAGUUCACUUACUCAAAACCCUUAAACACAAAAGCAUCAUCAAAUUCUACACUUCUUGGAUCGAUCACCAACACAUGACCAUCAAUCUCAUCACCGAAGUCUUCACUUCCGGAAAUCUUAGACAGUACCGGAAGAAGCACAAGUGUGUUGAUCUAAGAGCACUAAAGAAAUGGUCAAGGCAGAUUCUAGAAGGGCUUGUUUAUCUUCAUAGUCAUGAUCCUCCUGUGAUCCAUAGAGAUCUUAAAUGCGAUAACAUAUUGAUCAAUGGUAACCAAGGUGAGGUUAAAAUUGGAGAUCUCGGGCUUGCAGCCAUUCUGCAUCGUGCUCGCUCAGCUCAUAGCGUCAUUGGUACUCCUGAAUUUAUGGCGCCUGAACUCUAUGAAGAGGACUACAAUGUACUUGUCGAUAUAUACGCCUUUGGAAUGUGUUUGCUUGAGCUUGUAACUUUUGAGUACCCGUAUGUCGAAUGUACAAAUGCAGCUCAGAUUUAUAAGAAAGUUACAUCGGGAAUCAAACCAGCCUCACUUGCAAAAGUUACUGAUCCGCAAGUGAAAACAUUCAUAGAGAAGUGUAUCGCAAAGGUCUCAGAACGCUUGUCAGCCAAGGAACUACUUGAUGAUCCUUUUCUGAAAUGCUACAAGGAAAAGACCGAAAGUGUCACAUCUUACAAAGAAAACGGAUGCAAUGGAAGAAAAAUUGAAGAUAAACCCUCAGAUUCUGCGGUAGGUUUAUUAACCGUAGAAGGUCAACGUAAAGACCUCAACACAAUCUUCCUAAAACUACGUAUCACCGAUUCCAAAGGUCAAAUCCGUAAUAUACACUUCCCAUUUAACAUAGAGACGGACACAUCUUUCUCAGUAGCCAUCGAAAUGGUCGAGGAACUAGACCUAACCGAUGAUCAAGACAUCUCGACGAUCGCUAAAAUGAUUGACGCAGAGAUACAUUCACACAUUCCCGAUUGGAUCCCUUCUGGUCUUAACGGAGAUUAUUCAACCAUGCAAAGAUGUUUAUCUUCUCCUGAUUCGCUGCGUUUAGAUAGAUUUCCCUCAGGGAGAAAAGUCUGGUCGUCUCCUAAAGCUGGAGAUUCACGUUCACCGUUCGCUCAACGUUCUAAUUCUAAGCUUUCGUCGCCAUCGAAAGGACGCAUCAAUGAUAAAGAAGUUGGGAUUGUAGUUGAGAAACUUGAGUCUUUAUUGAGGAAACAGAGAGAGGAGAUUGAAAAGAUGCAUCGAGAUCAAGAACGUGUUGUUUGUGAGUUUUUGAAAGAGUUUCCUCCUGAGAUCUGCGAAGAGGCUUUGCUCAGAUUGCAAGCCAUGGAUUCUGACAGCUUACUGUGUUAAAUUCGUUUGUUACAACAUGAGUACAUCUCUAUCUAUUUGGUUUGUAAUAUUAUGUUAUACUCCCCCAUAAUUAAAAUGUGUUUGGUGCAAACUAUGGAAUUGUGACUAUUAUCGUGCAAGAAAAACUGUCAUUUUAGUUAGGGUUAGAUCCUUAUUA